AUGUCACGCUCCCGGGGCCUCGCCAUCCUCCAGAAGACUUAUGACGACAGCUACUUGAAAUGCUCCACUGCUGUAUACUAUGAAAGCCAGGGUGACGAAAGCGAGGCGAUGCGAUGCUGGAAGAAUGCUCUCGAUCAGCUCAACGACCAGCGCAUUACCAAAGUCUUGCCCAAUUACGUAGCCGGUACCGAGACCGAAGAAGCUCUGAUAGACUCCCUGCGCAAGCUGGAACUGCAAUGCAAGGAGCGCAUUGACCUGCUUGAAGCGUUACGGACAUCCCGUCAGGACGCCUUGACUUCCCAUUCCCAAAUCUCGAAUCCGCCUACACCCAACCCAUCAACCGACCUCAAUCUAUCGAAUAUUACCACCCCAGAACGAGGCUGGAUUGGCCAGGGCACAAUUCCAGCCAUACGAUAUCCCGACCUGUCGCGACCUGCUUUGCCCAAACGCCCGUCGUUGCCUUACAGGACAUCAUCCGAGCAGGCGGUAGUCGGCCGCGAUCAGAGCCCUGCGGGUAAUUCUUCCUUUGUUGGCUCCUCGGGCUCACCCCGUAUGGCUACUAAGAAGGAGCCAACCAUGAGGUCACCCAGUCCUGAAAAAUACACCAUGCGGACAACGCUGCGGAGUGGCAAGCCUGGAGAGAAGCCAGCAAAGACAGCACGCAAGCUGUCAAAGACCGAGGGGCCUGGGGCAAGCAAGGCGGCAACACUAGCUUGGAGUACUCUGAGUUCUAGAGAACGGCUGGCUCGAGCAUCUCCUAUGGUACCUGAACCUUCAUCGUCCGUUCUAGCUACGACCAACGAGCCGUCUCGCAAACCAGGACCUUCAUCUAGCGCGCAAUGGGACGUUCACACUAGGAGACUUGUAACACCUCGAGACGUUGCCUCGCCCUCUUCUGACGCUGUGGGUAGCGCAAGAACGUCUGACGAGCUGGCACAUAACCGGCCAUCAGCACUGUCCGUGAGCGCAGCAUCGAGCGCUUUGAACGCCGUAACUGGCCAAGAUGCCUCCCCUAUCGAGCACGGCACGCCGAAACAAGAACGUACAUGGCGCUCACGAGAACAUCCGUCGUCAGUUUCACGAUCCAGAAUAUCACCGCAUGAGCGAACUCCUUCCUCCGACGCUGACGACUUUGGAAUUCGACGCAAACCCACACCAGAUGGAAUCAAAAUCCGGAGGAAGCCUGUCAGCGAUACUCCCAUUCGGCCCAACGGCAACCUCACGAGUGGCUCGGAGCCGGAUAAAGCUGCUCGAUCACGGCGUGGCGCCCACCGACCUAGGAGACCUUCGUCCCCGAGUUGCUCGGAUAACCCAAAAGCGACUCCCAAAGCAUCAGACAAAAAGUGGAAGGGCAAGGGGAAAGAAGACGCUGUAGUGGCUGAUGCUGAAGCACCCUCGUCCGAAGAAUCUGACGGAGACGACGAGGAGGGUUCUUUGGCCAAGGUGGCUUGGAAAGCAAAAAAGAAGAAGAUUAUGAAGAACUUGCCAGCCGGCGUGGAUGAGACAGCCGCAAAGCAAAUUCUGAACGAAAUCGUUGUGCAAGGCGACGAGGUCCGAUGGAGUGACGUUGCUGGUCUGGAAAUUGCCAAAAACGCGUUGAGGGAAAACGUCGUCUAUCCUUUUCUGCGUCCCGACCUGUUCAUGGGGCUCCGUGAGCCUGCGCGGGGUAUGCUGCUCUUUGGUCCACCCGGUACUGGCAAAACCAUGCUGGCUCGUGCUGUAGCCACAGAAUCCCGGUCGACCUUUUUCUCGAUAUCGGCAAGCAGCUUGACGAGCAAGUAUCUCGGCGAAUCAGAGAAGCUUGUGCGAGCGCUGUUUGCCCUAGCAAAGACCCUCGCCCCGAGCAUCAUCUUUGUCGACGAAAUUGACUCGUUGCUUUCGCAGAGAUCUGGGUCCGGGGAGCACGAAGCAACAAGGAGGAUCAAGACCGAGUUCCUCAUACAAUGGAGUGACUUGCAGCGAGCUGCAGCCGGUAGAGCAGUUGACGAAAAGGACAGAAACAGAGGGGAUCCGAAUCGAGUUCUCGUUUUGGCAGCAACCAAUCUUCCAUGGGCCAUCGACGAGGCUGCUCGUCGGAGGUUCGUCAGGCGUCAAUACAUACCACUCCCCGAGCCUGAGACUCGCUCAAUCCAGCUUCGGACACUCCUGGGUCAACAAAAGCACAGCUUGUCUGGUUCGGAUAUCGAAAAGCUUGUCCUACUCACUGACGGGUUUUCCGGUUCAGAUAUUACAGCGCUAGCCAAGGAUGCAGCCAUGGGCCCUCUUCGCUCUCUGGGUGAGGCUCUUCUGCACAUGACUAUGGACGAAAUCCGACCGAUCUCUUUAGCAGAUUUCGAAGCGAGCCUAAGCACCAUCCGGCCCAGUGUCGGUAAAGCAGGGCUCAAGGAGUAUGAGGACUGGGCAAGGGAGUUUGGUGAGCGAGGGGGAUGA